AUGGACUGCCUAGUCUGCUUCAACAAAUACAACAUCUACAGAGUACCAAAGCUCCUGGACUGCGGGCAUGCCUUCUGCGCAGUCUGCCUCAAGCUUAUCCUCAGCAAAGAAGAGAGUACCUGGAUAAUCACCUGCCCCCUGUGCAGAAAAACUACUUUUGUGUCAGGAGGACUCAUCCGCACACUUCAAAAUAAAGACGACGUCAUGGAACACUUGGAAAACCUCGAUUCAAAUCCUGAGGUACAUAUCUCUGCCAUAGGGCUGGACAGCAAUAGCUGGACUCAGACCAGCCAAGAUGUUUUACACGGAGAGGAAAAUGUUCCGGUAGACAACAGACUGGCUGUCCAGAGACUCGUGCUGCUCCUGCUGCUCGUGGUGAUUCUCACUAUCCUCAUCCUCCCGUUUAUAUACUCUGGGCUGAUAAAAUGGGUAAUUUGUCUCAUGCUUACUUUGGGGUUGGUCAUGUCUAUGGUCCUUUGCUGCACUCCUAAAUUCUACUGGAGGUGUAACAGGGACUCGUUCACCUCCUGCCAUAAGCAGACCCACAUCGUUGCUAUUGCCUGA